AACCAGAUUGAGUAAACCAAACGUUAAUAGUACUAAUUUCGCCACGUGUGUGUAACGAAAGGCCGUAAUUUGGCUAAAUCGAUGAACGUUCCCUCUCUUCUCUGAAAUCUUUCUCGAUCCAUUUUCCUCCAUUUCUGGGUUUCUUCUCGUCUUCCAAGGAUUAGGAUUCUCAUUUUUAGGAAAUUAGGUUUCUUUCUGCUCAAGUGAUGACGACGAGUUUGGAUCGGUGGGAGAAAGAUCCUUUCUUUCCCGCUGCUGAAGAAGUUCAGGAAUCUGCCGACAGGAUGGAGUCAGCGUACAGGACAUGGAUCAAUGGGAAACGAGACUCUUCAAAUGUAUGGGACUCUGAGCAGCUUCAUAGAGAUCUUCACGCUGCUCUUGGAACCACCAAAUGGCAGUUAGAUGAAUUCCAAAAAGCUGUCAAAUCUAGCUAUGACAAUCGUUUGAGUGAUGAGACUAGAGAUAGGCAUCGUGAGUUUACUUUCGCAAUGGAAGCUCAGGUGUCGAAAAUCGAAAAGUCUCUCAAGGAAGCUGCGCAAUCCGAUGGCAAAGGAACUCCGAGAUGGGUUCGUUUGGAUGAAGAUGAUCGUAAUGAGCUUGCUCUCUUCUUGACUGGACCAUCUGAAUCUGUCAAAGCAAAUCCGAAUGGACAUAGAAGGACGGCUAGUGCUGCUGAAUUCACUGCUUGGAACAUUGCGGUUUCUGAUGAUGGUUUAGUGAAGAAAUCUUCUGAUGAACCAGUGGUUCGACCUCCGAGGAAAGUACCUAGCUUCUCUGGGUUCUUAAAUUAUAUGGAUCCUGGGUCCAACCAUUGCAAUCGAAAGUGGAAGGCUUUAGAUCGUCAAGGAGACUCCGAUGCUGCGUUAUUACCUAUCCAAGCUAACCAACAAGUUAUGAAUGGAAGUCUAGAGAAGGGCAAGAGUUGUAUGGAGUGUGAGGAGGACUGUUAUGAAAAGCAGCUUCACGGUUGGUAUGGAGCUCUACAGAGGCAACUUCAACGGUCUCAGUAUCGAAUGCGAUAUAGUAAAUCGGUUCACGCUGCAAUAUGGAUUAUUCUUUUAGUUUUUCUUAUUGUGGUAGUCGCAGUGCAUUCAAUGUAGAAGACAGGUUUGGAAUAGCAGGGUUCGAGUUCAUUCAUCUUAUGUGUAACAGCGAAAGAGACGAAUUUGGGAAUCCACAUUUUUACUGUACAGUAAAUUCCACUGUUUUUUUUUUUUUUUUUUUUUUGUUGUUUGUAAUAUAGAAAUGCAUUUUUUGGUUCGAUUAUUUGAAACGGGUUCAUUGAGCAAUCACUUGUUUUCUUAGGACCAAAUCCUACUAAACAUUGUAGAAUUAUAUGGGACUACAAACCCAAAAUUGAAGUGGAACAUUGUGAAAAUAACAAUUCGGAAUAGAGAAAUGCAUUUUUAUUGGAUUA